CACUUGGAUAGACGGUGCCGAUCCGACGCACAGUAUGCCUAUAAGGCCCAUUCGAGAAACACUUACGAGAGCGAGCCGUGCCGUGCGGCAGACGAGCGAGCGAACGGAAACUCGAUCCAAGUGGGACCGUGGAAAAUAAAUGUGCAGAAGUGGGGGCCGAUUCAAGAAUCGACGUGGACACCCUCGCCUACCAAAGUCAUUCACCUAACGGUCAUCGGCGCGUCAAGAGUCUUCAUUUUCUUCCGUUAUCCGGUCGCACCAGUCGCGAGAAUUCGCACUCGCCGUCGUCGGUUCGCGACCUUUUGCACGAAACUAGUCGCGGCAAGGUGCAAUCAAGAGGCACACGGACUGAUGCGGUUCAACUUGGAGGUUCAAACCGUUCGAUACUGUCAGUGGUGAUUUCUCUUCGAUGUCGAGAGGAUAUCUUUUCGGAUAGAAAACUUGACACAUGGCAAUAGCGGCAAGAGACCUUAUUUAGAAAUGUAUACAUUGUGGAAAAUAGCCUUCUAGUGUGUUGGAUUGACCGUGGAAUUUGGUGGUGUUAUUUUAUAAUCUGUGGUUAUUCGAGGACAAUGAACACAAAUUUUCGGUGUCUUGUGUCUUGUCAAAUGCUAAUGUUGAGGUGACCAGUGGUGGCGAAAAGCGCCAGAAGACUUCAAAGAUUAGUGGUGAUUCAGUGGAAUAAAAUCCAACUGAACCAAAUUGCUACUGAAUGCUGUUCACAUCUGUCGCUAAUUUAUCGUAACUACAAAAAUGAACCAGCAGUGCAAGGUAUGCGGAGAACCAGCGGCUGGCUUCCACUUUGGCGCAUUUACCUGCGAGGGUUGCAAGUCAUUCUUUGGGCGCUCAUACAAUAAUCUGAACAGCAUCGCCGAAUGCAAGAAUGGCGGUGAGUGCGUGAUAAACAAGAAAAAUCGUACAGCGUGCAAAGCCUGUCGCUUAAGAAAAUGUCUCCACGUCGGCAUGUCCAAGUCUGGUUCACGAUACGGCCGCAGAUCAAAUUGGUUCAAAAUUCACUGUCUUCUGCAACAACAACAGCAGCAGCAAAUGGAACAACAACAGCAACAGCAGCAGCAACAUCAUUAUCAACCGCCUAUGAUCGGUCGACAGCAGCUGCAGCAUCAGCUCUCGCAGCAGCAGCCGACGAACUCUCCUAUUCACAGUAGUCAACGCAAAGACGAAACCAUGAUGCUCAGUCUAGACGACUAUAAGAAUUCGAAUUCGCCCAGCAUCAGCUCGCCUGAGUCUCACAAUAGCGAUAGCUCCGUCGAAGUCUCCGAGAAGAGAGCUGUCUUCAUUGGACAUCCCACUUUCCGACCUCUGCACCCGCCACUGCAGUUGCAGCAGCCCGUGGCUGAUCUGUCCGUCUUGAGCAAGGAAAUGAUGGGUCUACCCUUGGGUUUCCCGCUCAGCAACAUGUCGCUGCUGCCGUCGGCUUUCCUGCAGCCACCCGGUCUUACCAUGUUUUCGCCCUACGCUCACAUCUACGCGCAUCACGGUGCAUCCCAUCCCCUCGUGAACCAUCCGACAAGCCUGCUACGACGUUCACCGACGACGAACGAUGAGAACGACAGUCCUGUGACAUCCAUCGUGACGCCGUCGACGACGACGACGACGACGAUCGAAUCAAGAGUCUCGACGUCGUCCAUCAACGAGAACGACUUUUGCGAGAGGAACAACAAUAACGAUCGAUUCUGCCUCGACACGGCCCUGAAGAGCGAGCGAACUUUGUCGGAAAGAUCGCCGACUCCGAAGGAAACGCGAACUUCCGAGGACGAAUUAUUCGAGUGCAGUCCGGAACGAGAAGAUGCCUGCCUGCCGCCGCAAGAUAAUCCGAUGGAUCUUUCUAUGAAAACCAUCGCGAUACCUGUGAACAAUCACUUGCAGGACGAUGAAAUAGAGAGCGCCAGUGACACAGAGAGUUCAUCCGCGAAAAAGCCGAUUGAUUUAACGACAAGGUCCUAAAAAUUUAGAAAACUUUAAUUAGAAAGAACGAAAACAAUUCCAAUAAUAUUGAAAAGUACAUUUUAAUAAUACUACUUAUUAUUUAUUUUCUAUUAUUAUAUUUUAUGUUCUUAUUUCGCUAUUACAAGAUGAUCCAACAAAAACAAAGAUCAGAAUAUCUCCGUUGCAUAUAAAAAGUGAAAAAAAUAUCUACCUUUAUCAAAAUGUUGCUCCUAUUUUUAAUCUCAAUUUUUUCACAUUUAUGCCUUCUAGAAAAUAGAUUUAAUUUAUAUAGAAAUUGAGCUUCUAUUUUAUACCUCAAAUAGGGUAAAUGCAUACAUUUCCUAUUUAGAGGUUGAAGAAAAGAGCUUCUGAUAAAACUAUAAGUUAAAUAUACAGUUUCGAAAAAGAUCAUUCGAUUGUUUAAAUUAUCAAAAUGUUGGAUAAAAAUUGAGAUCGAAAGCAGAAGAAAAUGUUUGAUUCGGGAGGAAAAAAUUUUGUAUAAUUCAAAGUGGCAACACUAUUGCACAACUUUUUCUUUGGAUAUUUUUUUUUAAUCCUUAAAUGCGACGGAAAUAUUCCGAUGUUGUUUCUGACGGACUAUUCUAUGUAAGAUCCAUAUGUACAUGAUUAAUUUUUUUAUCUUAUGAUUGUUUUAUCGCUCAUGAUUCAAAAAGUUAAUCGCUAUGGGCAAUUUUUCAAAAAAUUUGAUUUAAAGAUAAAGAGCGUUAAUGACACACAGGAUCUGCGAGAAAAAAUCAACAGAUUUACGACUUUAACUAUAGCAACUAGAUUUUAAAAAAUGGAGUAAAAGCAAAAAUAUUUGUUCUAUGUUUUUGCAUCUCGUUGUUUGUUACAAGACCUGCCUGUACAUGUGAGAUUUUUUCAUUGUAUUGUUUUAUCGCUCGUGUACAAGAAGUCGUGUACAUACAAUCGCCAUUCACAAUCCUUCAAAAGAGUAAAUCCGAGUCGUCUAGUAUUAAUAUAUAUUAGAUAUACAAAGCUUGUGUGAUAUUU